AUGUUCAACCUCCAAGUUCAACCUUCAAAUUCAAACUUCAAGUUGAACCUCCAAGUUAAACCUUCGAGAUCAAACUUCAAGUUCAACCUCCAAGUUCAAACCGUUCAAACUUCAAGUUCAACCUUGAAGUUCAAACUUCAUGUUCAACCUUCAAGUUCAACCUUCAAAUUCAAACUUCAAGUUGAACCUCCAAGUCAAACCUUCGAGAUCAAACUUCAAGUUCAACCUCCAAGUUCAAACCUUAAGCUGAACCUUCAAGUUCAACCUCCAAGUCCAACCUUCAAGUUCAAACUUCAAGUUCAACCUUCAAGUUCAACCUUCAAGUUCCAACUUCAAGUUCAACCUUCAAGUUCAAACUUCAAGUUCAACCUUGAAGUUCAAACUUCAUGUUUAACCUUCAAGUUCAACCUUCAAAUUCAAACUUCAAGUUCAACCUCCAAGUUCAAACCUCAAGUUGAACCUUCAAGUUCAACCUCCAAGUCCAACCUUCAAGUUCAAACUCCAACUUUAACCUUCAAGUUCAACCUUCAAGUUCCAACUUCAAGUUCAACCUUCAAGUUCAACCUACAAGUUCAAACUUCAGAUUCAACCUUCGAGUUCAACCUUCAAGUUCAACCUCCAAGUUCAACUUCAAGUUCAACCUUCAAGUUCAAACUGCAGGUUCAACCUUCAAGUUCAACCUUCAAGUUCAACCUACAAGUUCAUUCUUCAAGAUCUUCCUUCAAGUUCAAACUUCGAGUUGAACCUUCAAGUUCAACCUUCAAGGUCAAACAUCAAGUUCAACCUCCAAAUCAAACUUCAAGUUCAGACAUCAAGUUCAAACUUCAAAUUGAACCUUCAAGUUCAACCUUCAAGUUCAACCUCACGUUCGAACUCCAAGUUGAACCUUCAAGUACAACCUUCAAGUACAACCUUCAAGUUCAACCUUCAAGUUCAACAUUCAAGUUCAACCUUCAAGUUGAACCUUCAAUUCAACCUCCAAGUCCAACCUUCAAGUUCAAACUUCAAGUUCAACCUGCAAGUUCAACCGUCAAGUUCAAACCUCAAGUUCAACCUUCAAGUUCAACCUUCAAGUUCAACCUUCAAGUUCAAACUUCAGAUUCAACCCUCGAGUUCAAUCUUCAAGUUCAACCUCCAAGUUCAACUUCAAGUUCAACCUUCAAGUUCAAACUGCAGGUUCAACCUUCAAGUUCAACCUUCGAAUUCAACCUACAAGUUCUUCCUUCAUUAUCUUCCUUCAAGUUCAAUCUUCGAGUUGAACCUUCAAGUUCAACCUUCAAGGUCAAACAUCAAGUUCAACCUCCAAGUUCAACCUUCGAGUUCAACCUUCAAGUUCAACCUUCAAGUUUUACCUUCAAGUUCAAACUUCAAGAUCAUCCUUCAAGUUCAAACUUCGAGUUGAACCUUAAAGUUCAACCUUCAAGUUCGAACUUCAAGUUCAACCUUCAAGCUCAAACUUCAAGUUGA